AUGGACAUCGGCGUGAUCGUCCUGUCCCUCGUGGUGGGGUUGUUUGGGCUGGCGAGCGCCGUGCUGGGGUUCAUCGCCGAGCGCACAAAGCUCACUGGACAUGACGUCAACAUCGACGUCUACACCGGGGAGUGCGACUACCCGGCCAACCCGGCGUACCUGCUAGCGCUAAUCGCGAUCCCGCUGCUGGCGGUGGCUAUGAUCAUCGCCUCGCUCGCCAGCGGCUGCUGUGGCUGCUGCAGGCCACGGCACCGCGCCUCCGAGUCCAAGCGGGUCACCGGCAUCGUGUGCGCCGUCCUCUCAUGGAUAGCGGCGCUGAUUGCUGGGGUGAUCUACGCGAACGGCGUGGCGUGGAACCUCCCCGUGAUGAGGUACGACUCGUGGUGCAGGCUCCUCAGGGACGGGUACUUGAGGAUGGCGGCCUUGCUGAGCCUCGCCGCCACCGCUCUGGCGAUCACGUCAUACAGCAUGCUCCGCUCGCAGGCGGCGCGGUCGACGGCGCCGGCAGCAGCAGGGGCCUCUGAACCGAAGCCUGAUGGUUCGUACCCGCCGGCUGCGGAAGCCAUCGCGAUUCCGACGGAGACGCAGUGGUCCGCUCCUCAGAGGCACGGGCAAUGGCAAGAGCCACUCCCGGACGUCCCUCGGCACCAUGUGGGAGGAUACAAUUACAAUCGGACACCAUACCAGGAGAUGGCUUCCCAUCCUCGGCGUCAAGCACAGCCAGCAGUUGAAGUGAUGAUGGCGUGA